AGUAGAUGGAGGAGGAAAAUGGAAUGAGGCAAUUGGUUAUGGUGGACGGGUGAAGGAGAAGGAGGAGGGAGAUGGUACGGGGAGGAUGGUGCCGGUGGAUGGGUGAAGAAGACGGAGGAGGGAGAUGGUGUGAGGUAGACGGCCAUGGUGGACAGGUGAAGGAGACGAAGGAGAGGGAUGGUGCGAGGUGGAGGGCUAUGGUGGAUGGGUGAAGAAGGUGGAGGAGAGGAAUGGGGUGAGGUGAUUGGCUAUGGUGGACAGGGUGAAGGAGGUGGAGGAGGGACAUGGUGUGUGGUGGAUGGCUACGGUGGACGGGUGGAGAAGAUGGAGGAAAGGGAUGGUGCGAGGUGGAGGGCUAUGGUGGAUGGGGUGAAGAAGAUGGAGGAGAGGGAUGGUGCGAGGUGGCUAUGGUGGAUGGGGUGCAGGAGAUGGAGGAGGGAGAUGGUGCGAGGUGGAGGGCUAUGGUGGAUGGGAGAAGAAGGUGGAGGAGAGAAAUGGGGUCAGGUGGAGGGCUAUGGCGGAUGGGGUGAAGGAGAUGGAGGAGGGAGAUGGUGUGAGGSGGRUKGCUAUGGUGGAUGGGUGAAGAAGAUGGAGGAAAGGGAUGGUGCGAGGUGGAGGGCUAUGGUUGAUGGGGUGAAGAAGAUGGAGGAGAGGGAUGGUGCGAGGUGGAGGGCUAUGGUGGAUGGGGUGUGAAGGAGAUGGAGGAGGGAGAUGGUGUGAGGCGGAUCGCUAUGGUGGGCGGGUGAAGAAGAUGGAGAUGGGAGAUGGGGUGAGGUGCUCGGCUAUGGUGGAUGGGCGAAGAAGAUGGAGGAGAGGGAUUGGGUGAGGUGAUUGGCUAUGGUCGAUGGGGAGAAGGAGAUGGGAGGAGUGGGUGGUGUGAGAUGGAGGGCUAUGCGGAUGGGCGAGGAAGAUGGUGGAGGGUGGUGGUGAGGGGUGCUUGACCCUCCGUCCUACUUCAUACGUCCGGCUAUGUCCCUUGGUUUCCCUUUGCCCUGGUCUUCAAACCUUCAGAUUCUCAGCACUAGUUCU